AUGACGGUUUUCACAAAGAAAGACGCAACCGAGGAGAAGAACACUUCUGACAAAGAGGUAACAGACCUUAAUCCUCUAAAAGUUCCUAAAGUUGUUGUUUCCGGAAGCUUAUCUCCGAACUCUCCACCUGAUGAGAGACACAUCAGUAACUGUGGAUGGGUGCCUAUGGAAGGAGGAAAUUUCGAUAGACCAAAAGAGAAAAGAUCUUCAUCGUUUGGACCACUCUCCAUCAUUCGACUCUCUCCAUCUCCCUUAGCUCGUACUCCAUCUCCAUCUCCACCCGACUAUGACAGUGUCGAUCCUGAGAGAAGAUUCCGUAAAUGCACAAAGGUUAUGCUUCUUCUCUGUAUCCUCAUGGGAGUUGGAAUGGGUACUGGCUUCUUCUUCUAUCAGAAAUCUUUAAUAAAUGCUGCCUACAAGAAGGGAAUCUACCAUGGAUGGAACGCUGCCGUCUACAACAAUAGAGGAGUUCCAGAAAAACUUGAACAGAAUGUUGAAGUUAAUCAAGAUCAGGCGUACGAAAAAAUUGAUGUUCCUCGUUUCGGAUCAAACAGACCUGCCGUAUUCCUUCACGACUUCAAACAAAACUUGACCGCCAUCGUUGACGUAAUGGGAAAGCGCUGCUUCGUAAAACAACUUGAUAGAUCUACUGUUGCUGCUCCUCGGAACAUCAUUGAAAUGCUUCGAGGAAUGGAGUCAUCAUCCAAUCCUUCAUCAGUUUCUCGUGUUGUACGUGAAACAUUCCGAGUUGGAGAGCAGUUGAAUGAGGAACAAUUAGAUUCACUUGGAUCAUUUGUUAUCACUCGUCACUGUCAAUACCGUCCAGUGUACAUGCUCCAGAAGACAGGAGAUGCUCAAGAUGCUCGACGCUUUAGACGAGCAAGUGAAACCUUAGAAUCAUUGGACUUUGCAUCCAUGGGAGGUGAUGCAGUAGAAGUAGACACAAUUGAGUUCUAA